GUUGCGUGGUCCAGUGUACUUGUUCAGUAUAGGGACGACACUCGGAUUUUUAGUCACAGUCUGGAAGUUUACGUCGUAACGCGCGGUCGAAACGCCCUCGGCCGAGACCCCCCUCGAGGAGAGUAUUAGUCCAGGACCCGAACCGCGAUAGUCCAAGUUGAGGUUUUUUUUUUGUUCUGAGAGAUUACCGGGCAGUUAACUGCGCAAAAAGUUUGUGAAAGUUCAAUCGUUGGAUUAAUGUUUAACAAACAGUGAGAAAGAGAAGAACUCUAGCGUGUCCUUAGUGUCCCACCAAGUGAAAUUGAACCAGUUGUUGUCCAGUCACGGGUUGACCUGGAUACGCACAUACGACAGGGCUGAUACUUUUCAGAAAUGGUGUUGAUGUGCAUUCACUGCAAAUUAAAACCGCUUAUAGACAGUUCAUGACCAUUGUGUCACCCCCUAAUUGCACCGUAUCGAAUUCGACGUGCUAUUAGUAUAAGAUCGCCAACCUCCAUCUAAGGCUGAUCAAAUAAUUCGUACCAAAACUCAGGUUAAAAUAAUCCUGAUCACCAUUUGAACCAACUUUGUCAAAUUGUUAAAUUUGCGUUUGGCCUAAGUAAACCUUCAGUGUUAAAAAUCCACCGAUAGAAACUAAAAUGGCGCUUGAUUUUGCUGCAGGAUGUCUAGGAGGAUGUGCCGGCGUCGUUGUGGGCUACCCGUUCGAUACGAUCAAAGUCCACCUGCAAACCCAAGACCACCGAAAUCCACUGUACAAGGGCACGCUGGAUUGCUUCCGGAAGAUCAUCGCCAAAGAAAGCGUCCGUGGGCUGUACCGCGGCAUGUCUAGUCCCAUGGCCGGGGUGGCCGCAGUCAACGCAAUCGUAUUCGGAGUGUACGGCAAUGUUCAGCGAAACAAUUCCGAUCCGGAUUCACUGUACUCGCACUUUUUGGCCGGAACAGCGGCCGGACUUGCGCAGAGUUUUAUCUGCUCGCCAAUGGAGCUGGUGAAAACGAGACUUCAGCUACAGGAUAACCUGCCGAAGGGAGCGCUCAAGUUCUCGGGACCAAUGCAAUGUACGAGAUCUAUCUGGCGGAACGAAGGAUUCAGAGGGGUAUUCCGAGGCCUGGGGAUCACCGCGGCGAGAGAUAUGCCCGGAUUCUCCAGCUACUUUGUCUCGUACGAAAUGAUGGUCCGAUCCGUAGCAGAUCCAUCGCCGUUUACGAUACUAAUGGCCGGUGGUUUGGCUGGAACCAUCUCCUGGUUAUUUACGUUCCCCAUCGAUGUAGUAAAAUCAAGGCUGCAAGCGGACGGCAUGACUGGAAAGCCACAGUACAACGGCAUCAAGGAUUGCUUACGGAAAAGUUACGCCGAAGAAGGACUUUCGUUCCUGUCCCGAGGUCUGGCCUCAACUCUGCUGCGAGCCUUUCCGAUGAACGCGGUAUGCUUCCUGGUAGUGUCCUACGUGAUGAAGUUUUUUGAUGAACCCGGUGUAAACCUCGAACUGAAUUCGGUGGAACCUCUUCUUAUGGUACAACAACCUGCCGGAGCCGUAAAGGUAACACUCAACAAACGGCACCACGAAAUCCACGACAACCACGUGCUCAGAAUCAAACACAACACAUUCCGGUUCCUGAGCUUCCUCGGCGGGUUCCACGAGGCGGUUUGUUGCGCAGAAAUGGACGAACUCGCGCAUGACCUGCACGUCAACGAGGAAGGCGGCCAAUACUAUACCAAGCUCAACGAAUACCUGCAAACUUCCGACCCAGAGUACUGCAAACGCUUCCCCUUCCUAGAUUAGAAUUUUCUUUUUGAUAUGCAUUUACGUAAAACAAACCUCAGCACCUACAGUGUAUUGUUGUUCGGAAAUAAAAGCUUUAUUUAAUUGUUUUGAAUAAA